AUGUCGGACGGGCCUUUACAGCCAGGCCGCGAGGGCUCAAUGUCGGUCUGCAAAGGUGGCCCGUCCGCCCUGACUCGCAGCACCUCGAGGCGCAGGCUCCCCCGCUGGCUGCACCUGCCACGCCGGCUAUACAGACCGCCGACCGCCGCGUGCGCCACUGUGCCUUCGCACAGCGGGUCUGUGGCCGCUGCCGCCGCCUCCGGGGCGGCCGCCGCCAUCGCCCUGCUUGUUGCCUUCAUUCUCUUCCUGUGCAAGCGGCGGCGGACAGCAGCGCGGCCGGCUGGCGGCUCUGGACGGCGCCCGCUGUACCGCCGCGCCUCGGCCUCCACCAAGCUGCUCGAGCUCAUUCACCAGACGGCGGGACGGGACGAGAGCUUCCCUGCCAAGCGGCUGCGAAGGGAGUGGGGCGGCGGCUUCACGAAAGGAGUGCUCUCCGCCGCCAAGGACUCGCUCUUCAGCCUCGCCCCCUGGCGCCAGUCCUCCCGCCCACACCUCCCUCCCGGCUUUGAGGACGCUGCCCUCUCCGCCCUCCAGCAGCGGCCGGGCGCGGCGGACGCGUUCGAGGCGCUCCUCCGCCGCCUGCCCGCGCCCUCGCGGGAGGCGCUCGGCCGGCUGCGCCGCUGCAUCCUCGAUCUCGUGGUUGAGUCGGACACGGCGGACAGCGACACCCGCCUCCUCUUUGGCGCUGCGGACUGCCUCGCCCGCCUGCACACCGCGUACCUCGUCCCGAGGCCGGCCACGCGCGACGCGCUCUUCUUCCCCUGCGACGGCUCGCUCGACCGGCUGGUGAGGCGCCUCUCCGCCUCCGAAAGCAGCAUCGACGCCGCCGUCUACACCAUCACCGACGAGCGGCUCACGCGGCUUCUCCUCACCGGCUCCUUCAACUGGACGGUCUCGGCGCACGCGCGAGGCAGCUGCAAUCUCCCGCAAUCUCCCGCAAUCUCCCGCGGCAACUGCGAGAACUUGCUCGUCACAUCGGACAGUGAGAUGGUGUCCGCCUUCUCCGCGGAGUUCGAGCGCCUGUACUCUCUCUUCCGCGCCAGCAACGCCAUGCCGCAGCAGCCACUGCCCCGCGCCGCCGCCGCAGCCCGAGGCGGAGGCGGAGGCGGGGGCGGGGGCGGCGGAGGAGGCGGAGGAGGCGGAGGAGGCGCAGGAGGCGGAGGAGGCGGAGGAGGCGGAGGCGGCGGAGGCGGCGGCGGCGGCACGCCUCACACGCUGCAGCGAGCCGCCAGGAGGCUCGGAGAGGUAGGUCGAUGGGCGGGCGGGAGCCGCUCAGCCCGCCGGCUGCCGGUCGGCGGUGCGGCGGGUGCGGCGGCACCAAUGGCGCCGCCGCCCAGCCGGCCGCCUGCAGAGUGGGGCGCCAGGCUGUCUGCGGGCGCGCGCGGCGUGCUGCGAGACUACGGGGCGCUGCGGCGCGACAUACUGGCGGAGGAGGCCGUCGGCGGCGCAGAGAGGGAGGAGCUUCUGCGCGCCGCCGCCGCCGAGGCGUCCGACGCGUUUCGCGGGCUGCUGCGGCGAGCAGACCCCCCCGCCACCGCCGCCGGCGCCGCGACGACCGCGCUGAUCAAGGGCGUGGCUGCGCAUUUGCACGCGGCGGCGGCGGAGGGGAGCGGCGCCGGCGGCGGCGGCGCGGGCGGGGACCCCGGGCUGGUGGGUGUGGUGGAGGAGGAGCUGCUGCAGCCGCGGCCGCUCGCGCACGAGGUGCUCCUCUUCCCAAGCGACGAGGCGCGGCAGAAGCUCUGCUCUUGGAUCGGCUCCGCCACCACCACGCUCGAGUGCUGCGUCUUCGUCAUCUCGGACGCGCGCGUGGCCGCUGAGCUCAAGGAGGCGGCCGCGCGCGGGGUCGCGGUGCGGCUGAUUACCGACGACAAGACUGCGCUCGACGGCGGCUCGCAGGUCUUCGGCAUGGCGUCUGCCGGCGUCGAGACGCUCGUCGACCCGGACUACGAGCUCAAGAGCGGCGCGGCGCCCGUGCCGCGCCACAUGCACCACAAAUACGCCAUCGUGGACGGGCGGGUGUUGCUGUGCGGCUCGUACAACUGGUCGUACUCGGCCUCGGCGCGCAACAACGAGAAUUGCGUCGUCACAGAGGACGUCUACCUGGUCGCCAAGUACAGCGCCGAGUUCGAGCGCCUCUGGAGGGAGUUCAAGGCGGCCGCGCCCCUCUCGCAGCAGCAGGCCGCCAUCCGCAUCCAGCAGAUCGAGAGGGGCAACCGCGAGCGGCGCAGGUUCGCCGCGAUGGCGCGGAGCCACCGCGCGGCCAACGUGUUUGACGUUGCGCGCAGCGCGAUGGACAUUGCAUCGCCGGGGAACCGCAAGCGCGGCCGCGGCUGA